UGUGAUGGUUGUUUAAUGUUAUUACACACACAUAGUAACUGUUUCUGCCCCCACAUCUCACUUUCCUCUUCUUCUUGCCCUUUUUUCUCUCUACUUUUUCUGUUCUUCUCAAUUAAUGCUUCUCUAUCUUCUCCUUCCUUAUCCCCACUGCCCCUUUUCUUUGCAGCUUGGUUCUUAGUUGUUCUCAUCCCCAUCUUCCAGUUUGGUCCCAGAAGGGUUAAUGACAUUGGACAGCAUAAACAGGCAGUUUUCAGUACAGUGUUGCACACCACUCGGUUUUGCUGCAUAGGAUCCUUGGAGUAAAACUUUCCGACUUUCAGCUGACUGCAAACCUUACCGCUUAUUUAAUUAUUUGAUCUGUGUAGCAAUUGGAAGAAUCUUUUCCCUUAUUUUGCGCAGAUGGUUUCAUUUUGAUCUGACGAAAUGGGGUGUUGUGUCUCAACUAGUAGUCAAAGUAGUUGUAGUAGCAGGAGUAAUGGAGAGACAGUUAGUCCAUCUUGUUUUGGAAUUUCGUGUGGCAGAAGAAAAAGGUUUUCAGACCACGUCAAUAUGUUGAAGCAUUUAUCCUCCAUACCUAACCGGAUUUUCACCAAUGGAAAGAGCCGGAGUUCUUGUAUAUUCACUCAGCAGGGUCGCAAGGGUAUAAACCAGGAUGCCAUGAUUGUUUGGGAGGAUUUCAUCAAUGAGGAUACAACUUUUUGCGGAGUCUUUGAUGGCCAUGGUCCACAUGGACACCUCGUUGCUCGCAAAGUAAGGGAUACACUGCCACUAAAGCUGCUGUCUUUCAUAGACUCCUAUGAAUAUAAGCAUAAUAAGCAGAGCACAGCUUGUUGCAAAGGUAAUAAUGUUAAAUCAGAUGGAGUGGAGUCUGAUAAAGAUGGCUCAAUAGAGGGCAAGGAGGAGUCUAUGUGGAGAGAAGCAUUUUUAAAGUCAUAUAAGACCAUGGAUAAGGAGCUGAGAUCCCAUCCCAAUUUAGAUUGCUUCUGCAGUGGUAGCACAGCCAUCACUGUGGUAAAACAGGGAUCAAAUCUUUUCAUGGGAUACAUUGGGGAUUCUCGAGCAAUAUUAGCAUCCAAGGACAUCAAUGAUUCAAUGGUAGCAACUCAGUUGACUGUUGAUCUGAAGCCUGAUUUGCCAAGGGAAGCCGAAAGAAUAAAACGGUGUAAGGGUCGGGUAUUUGCAUUGCAAGAUGAGCCUGAAGUACAAAGAGUCUGGUUACCAUUUGAUGAUGCCCCUGGAUUGGCAAUGGCUCGAGCAUUUGGGGAUUUCUGUUUGAAGGAUUAUGGAGUGAUCUCAAUUCCUGAAUUUUCUCAACGGACUCUGACGGAGAGCGAUAAGUUCAUUGUUCUUGCUUCAGAUGGGGUUUGGGAUGUCCUAAGCAAUGAGGAAGUUGUGGAUAUAAUUUCAUCAGCUCCAGCUCGGUCUUCAGCAGCACGGAUAUUGGUUGAUUCUGCUGCACGUGAAUGGAAAUCAAAAUAUCCAACAUCUAAGAUGGAUGACUGUGCAGUCGUUUGCUUAUAUUUGGACGGGAAGAUGGAUUUGGAAUCUGAUUACGAGGAACAGAACUACUCUUCAGCUACUCUUCAGAGUAAUCAUUCCGGCAACGCUGGGGAAUCAGAUGAUGGUCAAAAUUCUGAGCCGUCAUUGCAGAGAAAUUAUACCGUCAGGUCAUCAGAAGAGAAUGAUUCCUACAAAAGAGUAGCCGCAGCAGCCAUCGAGGUAGAAGGAACUAGUGAAACAGUUUCUCACGAAGAUCAGAACUGGUCAGGCUUGGAAGGUGUAACCCGUGUGAACUCCCUUGUUCAACUCCCCAGAUUUUCUGAAGAAAGGCAAAGGCCUUAAUUGCUUGUACAGUUGAGAUUCUCUGUACCAUGUAGGCUCUCACAAAUCUAGGAAAAACAAAUUUAUGGGUGUUGGGACUUCUGUUUCUCUUUUGUUAAAACCGCUGCUUUAAUGGUCUGAUCAUAUGGCUUUUAGUAUGAUUCCAGUCAA